AUGGCUACUGCCGGCUGUCAACCAAGAGAGACUGAACCGUACCUGCCUAGAAUCUAUCGAGAAGAUAGUCAGAUUCCGUUUGCACCAGAUGGAAACUCGCCUAUGAUCACUGGCAGCGUCGAAAGGGUCAGAGGCAUAUCUGAUGAAUUCAAAAACUUAAUUUGCGUUCGGAAAAGCCUCAAAGUCUCAGACGAUUUGGCAGACAACAGACAGAGAUUGGUACAAGAGGCCAAGAUCCUCCACUCCGCCUAUCAUCACCAUGUUGUGCGCCUCAUCCACACUUAUUUCUAUGAAGCGGAUGAUGAUGAGACUAUAUUUGCUGUCGUCAUGGAUCGCGCAGAUGGCAGCCUGGACAAGUACCUCAAGCCCGGAAAGACACCUUUGGCUCAAUGGUUUGGAUGUUUGAUGGGUGUGGUACGCCACAUCCACGCCCUGGGCAUACGCCAUCGGGAUAUCAAGCCGGCCAACAUCUUGGUCAAAGGAGGAGAGGUUCUUCUGGCAGAUUUUGGCAUAUCACAAAUGGGUCUCGGAAGGACGAUGCCGACCACAUUCAAGGAUCGCAGUCCGUCGAGAAGCCGGGAGUACUGUGCGCCCGAAAUCGAUCGUGGAAGCACCCGCGGUCGGUCUGCCGACAUUUUCUCGCUUGGAGCGGUGUUCUUGGAGAUGUUUUUAGCGCUUUAUCACCAGAACGAGAUGAAGUCACUGAAGAAUGUCCUAAGGCCUUCACCUCGAUCGACCCUUUCCUACGCUCAGCAUAUCAACGAAGUCCACGAAUGGGUCCAGCAGAGCCUUCAUCCUGACGGCUGGCAGCGCGAUCUUCUCAACACCUGUCUGAAGAUGCUGCGACCCGCCAGGGAUGACCGCCCUUCUGCCGAAGACGUAAUAUCCAUCUUUUCUCCCAUGUCGAGCUCUGACGCGACCAUGGUGUGCAACUGUGUGAGAAACCGUCCUUCUCCACACGAGAGGCUGACCGAAGCAUGCCGAAUGGGAAGGGCGGAGGAAGUACAUGACCUGUUGGAAAAUGGGGUUGACCCCAACACUCUCGGCGCCAUACAUUUUGCUGCAACCCGCGGGUCCGUAGCAAUGUUGGAGGACUUCCUGGCUGCUGGUGCGCUCGUAGACACGCGUAACACCGUCGAUCAAACAGCGCUCCAAUGUGCAGCACGAAAUGGAUUCGAAGAUGCAGUUAGACUGCUCCUGCGUUAUGGCGCCGACGUCAAUGCCAGUGAUGAGAACGACCAGACUGUUUUACAUGGGGCUGCUGCGCAUGGUCAUCUCGAUAUUGUGCGAAUACUGCUGAACGGCAACGCUGAUCGCUCGAAGAAAGAUUUGGAGGGGCAAACAGCUAUCGCAUUAGCAGCAAGGCGAAACCACGACUGUGUCGUACAAUACCUGCUGCAUUAUGCACACUAG